AUGUCUGAAUUGCUGAAGGAAGCCGAGACGGUCUUUCGCGAGAUCCUGCAAGGCGAGCUGGAAAAAGCCUGGGGAUAUCACUUGACCGAGGCCGAGCUAAAUGAUGUGAUUGAUGUUUUGGCAAAGACCACAACCCGAUACUUGGAACUUCGUCCCAAGAAACGGCCUUGGAACACCGCGUCUCCAGAUAGACUCUGCGUGGGAUUUCGAGGAUUCAUCACGCCCAUUCUAGAGGACCGCUUUCACACAGUCAAUGCAUUUGUCAUUGCCGACGACAUUGCCCAAAUCUCUUCUCACGCCUUCUACCAAGUCAAGCUCAUUGUCGACGACGGCAACAACGACAGCACCGAAGCUACUCAUGUCGAAAGCGACGGUGAGACCAACGACGCCGCCGAUGUGCAAGACGAGAACGAGACAGGCAUAGCAGGACAGGAGGAGGAAGAUGGCGAUGACCGUCCCCGGUACAGCAGCUUCCUGAUGAACUAUCUUAAUAAUGAGCUGGUGUCACCCACGUCAAUCAUCAACCAGGCGGAGGUGCCAGUAGGUAGCGAAACGGUGUCAGUGGAUGAGCAUGUACCGGAUUUGACAGGAAAGAAGAAAGGAAAGGCCACGGCCGAGCCAGUCAAGAAGUCUCAGCAGGGAAAGAAGCCCGAGGAUGUCCAUGGCGACACCGACCUCUACUAUGCCGUCGCCAACGAGGACAAGCCGAACGGACCUCCUAAGUUCUACAAGUGCAAAAUCCCUAGCUGCAAGGGUUUUCAGGGGACCUGGUACCAACGGAAGCGACACUUUCGGACGAAGCACCCGCAGGAGUGGGAGGACUUCACCGGUGCUGCUGUUUAG